AAAAUACAGUGAAAGAUUUACAAGAAUUGAAAGUUAUGGUUUCAGCCAAAUACGUUAUCAACCCAAAGGAAGGUGGAGAGAAGAAGGCAGACGACAGAACAAAUCCAUUUAGGUGGAUGAUCGAUGGUUUCUCAACCAUUGCAAAUCAAGGCGCUGCAACGUAUUACUCUGGGAGUUUCACAGCCUGUGGUUUUAGCUGGAAGUUGCGAUUGGAAUCAGUUUUAGAAGAAGAUGGUGAGAAAUAUAUGGGUCUUUAUCUCUCACAUGAUGAUGCAGAUUCAAAAAACCCAGUGAUCAAAGCAAUCUACAAGCUCUUCAUAUAUGAUCAACUACAUGCGGAGCACGUACAAAAGGAAGGCGAAGACUAUUUCCAUAGCAAAUCCCAUGAUGGAUUUUGUUGUAAGAUUGCAUUAAACAAGUUCAACAGUUCAAAAUCUGGACUGCUCGUCAAUGAUUGUUGCAUCUUUGGAGCUGAAGUCCUGGAAGCUUUUGCAUGCAAAUUAGACAAAGAAGGAAUCCAUGAAUCCUUGUCCCUAAAGAAAGACCUAACUGCUCGAAUUUAUACUUGGGUGAUCAAGGAUGUUUCCAAAUCGAAGGACCGACUACUUUCUGAAACUGUUGCUGCAGGCGGCUACAACUGGCGUAUCUCGCUCUAUCCAAACUUAGCCUCGUUCAAAGACUUCUUCGCUAUGUUCUUGAUCAUGGACAAUGCUUCUAAUCUUGGCUCCAAGACUAGAGUCUAUGUUGACUUUAGUUUUUGCUUGUUGGAUCAGCAUAAUGCCAAGCACUGGAAGCGUUCAGUGAAACAUUUGUUCUCGUCAGAGAGUGCCAAUUGGGGAUGGCGAGAUUUCUUAAGCUGGAACGAUGUACAAGAUCCAUCGAGAGGAUUUCUCCGCAACGAGACAUGCAUCGUUGAAGCAUCCAUUGUGGUUCUUGGAGUAGACAUCAUUGCUUGAACACGAACCAGCGAGAUAUUUAUCUGUUCGUUCAUUUAAUGUCCAUCAACUGUUACUUUCCCAUCUGAGUGUUCUGUCAUCCACCUUCGGUAUUAAUUAGUCGAAGCCUAUUGAAUAACAUAGGCAACAACGGAUACGCUGCAAUUAUUCAGUCUAAUAGUUUGAAGGUAAAAUUUAAAUCUUUAA